AUGGUGGUCACCGAGAUAACGGUUCCCAUUGAAUUCGUGUACGUCAUCGCCGGCGCCGUCGUCUCAGCGGUCGUCGUCGUGUCGGCGGCGAUCUACAGAAUGCGUCGUCCCAUCGACAUCGACGAGCUCGAUUGCGAGCAAACCGCCCGUCUGUUUCGUCCCGAAGUGCUCGCGCCGACGCUCACCGUCGACACCGAAUCGCGAAAAGUGCAGCCGUCGCUGAAGGCGCGCAUCUCGCAGUCGAUUCCGUGGAAGACGUCGAUCAUCGACCAACUUCGUCCGGAGGUCGUCAGCGAGUUUCGCGGACGAUUGAACUUCUCGAUUGCCUAUGAGAAAGAGUGCUCCACACUUCACGUCACCCUUCUUGAAGCCGUCGAUCUGCCCGUCAAAGAUUUCACCGGCUCAUCGGACCCGUAUGUUCGAGCGUUUUUGCUCCAAGAUCCAUCGAAAUAUGAGAGGAGCAAAGUGCACCGACGCAAUUUGAAUCCGACGUUUAAUGAGACGCUCUCAUUCAGAGGCCAUUCGAUUAAAAAAUUGCACGAUAUGACCCUUGUGCUUCAAGUGAUGGAUUACGAUCGCUUCUCAUCCGACGAUCCCAUCGGCGAGAUUCUGUUGCCUCUCAAAAACGUCAAAUUCGAGAACAGUCCGGUUUAUUGGAAGCAUCUUCAACGACCCACCGUAUCCAAGGACGCCUGCGGCGAAUUGAUGAUCUCGAUGUGCUAUUUGCCGAAUUCGUCGAAAAUCACGGUGAGCGUCAUCAAGGCGCGCGAUUUGCACACAAAAGACAAGAGCCGCAAUUAUGACACCUACAUCAAAAUGUGGCUCGUCCAACAGGGCAACAAGCUCGAGAAGCGCAAGACGUCGGUGAAGCCGCGCACGCCGUCGCCGAUCUUCAACGAGUCGUUCGCGUUCGCGGUGCCGCCGAAGCACGUGCUGCUCGCCGACGUGAACCUCGUGCUGACGGCGAUGGAGUACGACGUGAUCGGCAGCAACGAGGAGAUCGGACAUGUGAUCGUCGGCGGAUUGGGCUCGGAGCACGGCCAGCGCCAUUGGACCGAGUGCAUCAAUCAUCCGGAGACGCCGAUCGCCAUGUGGCACAAAUUGUGCCCCAAAUGGUGA